AGAAGAUCCGCGCCAAUCACUGAGUUAUAAAUAAGCGGUGCCAAUCAAUCCAUUAUAUCAUAGAAGAAGAGGAGUCCAUGUUGAAUUAAGACUUUUGCAUCUGAUGCAAGACAUUGUCAAACAUUACUAGAGCAUUUUGACUGUCGAAGUCGGGGGUUGUUUCCCCCCCCCCAGAAGGUCACCUUCCUAGCUAGCUAGCUACUACUGGACGGGUAACGUUAUCCAGCCAGUGAUAUGGAAGUUGGGGGCAGACAGAAAGUUUCAGCUAAAGUUAGCAUGCUAGUUAAGUAGCUUAGGAAGUGUUUUUAUUUUUUUCCCCUUCAUUUCAGUGAGUGUUGUUCGUCUGUAAAUACCUCUCGUAUGAAUAUAUGGAUAUAAUAUAUAGCUAGAUGUCAACGUUACCGCUAUGUUAUUAGAGAGCAGGUUUAAUCUCUAUCACGGCUUUCUAGCUUUCCUGGUUGUUAACCGAAGAAACCUAGCUAGCUAAGGUUAGCGAGCAGUAGCACUGCGUAUGCGAUGGCUUGUCUAUCGGCAUUUCUGUUUCGCUUGAAAGAGGUUGGUUCGUAGUUGCUUUAACUGGCUAAGUGAGUGUUAUAGUUGAUUGCAUUGUUAUGCUUGCAACGUUAAUGUAAAAUGGCUAACUAUCAUUGAAUAGGCAGCAAGAAGCACUUUUUUAAAAAAGUUAUAAAAAGGUUGUAGCUAUAUAGAGGUCAUCGUGGGAUUAACGUUAACAGGUGUUUCAGUUGGGAGAGCUCAGCUUUAUUAAACCGCAUGCUAACCAGCCUUCACAAUGUUGGUAAUGUAUGAAAAGCUUCCCGAGCAACUCAAGAAAACCUCCCAUGCCAGAAAAGCAGUUAUCCUUCUCGUCGCUGCCUAUGGAAUCAAGAAACUCUACCCGUACUUAUGGGCUAAACUCAGGAAGAAUGUCGGGGGUACACCGCUCCCAGUCCCCCCCAUAAACUCUAACGGGGUGCUACUGGAGGGGUCAGAGAAACAAGGAAAGAAGAAAAGUAGUAACUCUCCGGCUGUGAACCAGGAGUUUCUGAAGAGGCUAAGUCACCUGCUUCGUAUCCUGUUUCCCCAGCUGUUCUGUAAGGAGUUGGGUCUGCUGGGGUUCCACUCCCUGGCUCUCAUCUCCAGAACCUUCCUCUCUAUCUACGUGGCCAACCUGGACGGCAUGAUAGUGAAGACCAUUGUGAAGAAGGACCCCCAGGCGUUUGUGUGGGAGUUGACAAAAUGGCUGCUCAUUGCUGUCCCAGCCACCUUUGUGAACAGCGCCAUCCGUUACCUAGAGGGACAGCUGGCCCUGGCCUUCCGCACGCGCUUGGUAACCCACGCCUAUAAGCUCUACUUCAGCAACCAAACAUACUACCGCGUCAGCAACAUGGACGGACGCCUCGCCAACCCAGACCAGUCUCUGACAGAAGACAUGGUGAUGUUUGCUGGAUCUGUGGCCCACCUGUACUCCAACCUGACCAAGCCGUGUCUGGACGUGGUGGUGACCUGUUAUACCCUCCUCAGGACAGCGGAGUCUAAAGGAGCCAACACCACCUGGCCCUCCGUCAUCGCCGGCGUGGUCGUGGCAAUCACCGCCAAGGUCCUGAGGAUGUUCUCGCCGCGGUUUGGUAAGCUCGUGGUGGAAGAAGCCCGGAGGAAAGGAGAGUUGAGGUACAUGCACUCGCGCAUCAUCGCCAACUCUGAGGAGAUCGCCUUCUACGGAGGACACAAGGUGGAGAUGUCCCAGCUGCAGCGCUCCUACCACUCCUUGUCGUCCCAGAUCAACCUGAUCCUGUUUAAGCGUCUGUGGUACGUGAUGCUAGAGCAGUUCCUGAUGAAAUACCUGUGGAGUGCCUCGGGACUCGUCAUGGUGGCUGUACCAAUCAUCACCGCCACAGGGUACUCCAGAUAUGACUCCGAGGAUGUGAAGCAGUUGGCCAUGAAUUUGAAAGAGGAGGACCUAGUGAGUGAGAGGGCUCAGGCCUUCUCCACCGCUCGGAACCUCCUCAACUCCGCCGCAGACGCCGUCGAGAGAAUCAUGAGCUCUUAUAAGGAGGUGACUGAGCUGGCUGGCUAUACAGCCCGUGUGCACGAGAUGUUCACUGUGUUCGAGGACGUGCGUGCGGGCGUGUUCCGUCGCUCUGCGGAGGGAGGAGAUGAGCAGACGGGGGGAGGAACACAGCUGGUGCAGCACGGCAUGAGGGUGGAGGGACCAAUCAUGAUACGAGGUCAGGUGAUAGACGUGGAGAAGGGCAUCAGCUGUGAGAAUCUUCCCAUCAUCACACCGACAGGAGACGUUGUAGUAUCCAGCCUCAACAUCAAGGUGGAGGAAGGUAUGCAUCUGUUAAUAACAGGACCUAACGGCUGUGGGAAGAGUUCUCUGUUCAGGAUCCUCAGUGGUCUGUGGCCAGUCUAUGGAGGGGUGCUUUACAAACCACCACCCCAAAACAUGUUCUACAUACCUCAGAGGCCGUACAUGUCAGUGGGAACCCUGCGAGACCAGUUGAUCUACCCAGACACCGAGACCGAGAUGGAGGAGAGAGGAUUCACGGACCAGCAGCUAGAGGGGAUCCUCGGAACCGUCAACCUGGUCUACAUACUGGAGAGGGAAGGCGGGUGGAGUGCAGAAAGCGACUGGAAGGAUGUGUUGUCUGGAGGAGAGAAACAGAGGAUUGGGAUGGCACGGAUGUUCUACCACCGGCCUAAGUAUGCCCUGCUAGACGAGUGCACCAGCGCUGUCAGCAUCGACGUGGAGGGGAAGAUCUUCCAGGCAGCAAAGGAUGCUGGGAUAGCACUGCUGUCGAUAACCCAUCGACCCUCCCUCUGGAAGUACCACACCCACCUGCUUCAGUUCGACGGAGAGGGUGGCUGGCGCUUUGAGAGGCUGGACGCCUCCACACGUGUCUCUCUCCAGGAUGAGAAACAGAAGCUGGAGUCCCAGCUCUCUGGGAUACCCAAGAUGCAACAGCGCCUGUCGGAUCUCUGCCGCAUGCUGGGGGAGGACGCCACCCUGUCAGGAACCGGCGGAGAGGAAGCAGGGGAGGAGGAGAAGGAAGCAGGGGAGGAGGAGAAACUGGAGGAGAAGGAAGAGUGAUGAACAAGGACAAUAGAAGGAUGAUGAUCAUCGGAUGGAAGGAUGGGAAUGAAAGAACUGUUGGCCCUGUCCAGAAACAACCCCCUGGGGCAUUUGUCCCCUUAGGCAAAGUGGAGCUGUACUCCUAUUGUUCCUAAUAGGUCCAGUCCUUUCAGAUCCUCUGGGGUGCUCAGGACAUAGUGUCUAGGUCCUAGAGGCUGGAUCUUCUAGUGUAUAAUGAGGUUCUGGAUUUCCAUCCACUCAGAUGUGGCUGUUAGUCAACUGCUGCUCAGUUUUCUUUUCCACUAUCAGCAGUAUGGGAGGGGGAGGAGUUUCUAGGGGAGAGGGAGGGGGAGGAGUUUCUAGGGGAGAGGGAGGGUGGAAGUGUAGUGGGAGGAGUUUCUAGGGGAGAGGGAGGGUGGAAGUGUAGUGGGAGGGGAAGUAGAUUCUAGGGGAGAGGGAGGAGGAAGUAGAUUCUAGGGGAGAGGGAGGAAGUAGAUUCUAGGGGAGAGGGAGGAAGUAGAUUCUAGGGGAGAGGGAGGAAGUAGAUUCUAGGGGAGAGGGAGGGUGGAAGUGUAGUGGGAGGAGGAAGUAAACUGCAAGUGCCAACUCUGCCGCCGCCCUCUCCAUCUCAACAGAAUUUAAUGUAAUCUUUGGUGCACACACUUGUAGGAUACAUGCCAAAUAUCACCCUAUCCCCUAUGUAGUGCACUACUAUAGACCAGGGCCCUAUCCCCUAUGUAGUGCACUACUUUAGACCAGGGCCCUAUUCCCUAUGUAGUGCACUACUUUAGACCAGGGCCCUAUCCCCUAUGUAGUGCACUACUUUAGACCAGGGCCCUAUCCCCUAUGUAGUGCACUACUUUUGAGCAGGGCCCCUAGGGAAUAGGGGGCCAUUUGGGACUGACCCUUGGUGGGAGAGGCGGCUGGCCUCUUUAGAACCAUCUGCUCUACUGAAUUACAAUUUCAACAAAUUAUGUUUUUUUUUAAAAAUUUUAUAGAGUUUGAGACAAUAUAUUUCUGAAUAGCGGAAAGAUACUAUAAGGUUUCUUAAGAUGAAUGUAGCGAUCUAUAUUUUAUUACAGUCUGUGCUGUAUGUAGACAAUUGAUACAAAGGUAAUAACCUGUUACUUUAUUUUAAUAUAGAUUUAUUUAUUUUAAAAAUAAAUUUGUAGAGUAUAGAUGUUAACCUUUGAAGCUGUGAUAUAGCUUAACCCAGGUGUUUUCAUUCUGCCAAUUAUGUUGCAAAUUUAUUUGUAUAUUUUUAAGGAACAAAAAGAGGUGAGACUUACCUGAAUGUUUCCAACGAAUUCCAAACAGUUGCAAAACGUUCUGUUGUGCAACAGAAUCGACGGCAUGAAUACACCCCAAGGCCAGCCUUGGUCCUGGAGGGCCAAAGGCCCUUAUUUAACUGACCUGGAAGACCAGGUGUGUUGAAUUUAGGCGAAUCAUUGAACUGGUCAACUCCCUCAGUUGGUCUGAUGAGGUGCCUAGUUGGAACAAAAUCCUGCAAGACCUGCUGCUCUCCAGGAACAGGGUUGCCUACACACCUCUCUUCCAAUUAUUUAGUUAUUUGUAAAUUUGUUGUAAAAUGAUAUUGAAUUGAGAUUAUUAGUCAAUUUAUCUGAAGUAAUGUAACCUAAAGAUUGUAGCCUGUCACAUUUGUGCCUUAAGUGCCCUAAAUAAUUAUGGUUUACAACAUAUCUGUGGGGGGGGGGGGGGCGCUUUCAGAGAAGGCCCAAGGAUUUAUAAAAAGGUGUAUUUUUUUAAAAUGAAAUUUCGUUUUAAUUUCCAUUUCAUCUGUAUAAUAAUUGUGUGGUCUUCUGAUUUCAUCUCUUCAAUUUGUUUGAAAGAGAAGGGUUAAUACCGAAGAGCGAAAAAAAAAAAUCUAAUCAGGAUAUUCUAUGGUGGUCUCUGGGUAGUAAAAUCU